AUGUUAAACCGUGUGGACUACGCAAAUCUUCCUAUGAAAUUCAUCAUAUUCCUAUUGACUUUUAUGCCAAUUCUUGGAAAUAAUCAAAUAAAGAGUUCACACGUUCUUGAACAGCAACACAUUAACCUGCUGGUGGCUCAAAUACGGACAGCACCCAUGGAUCCAAUUCUUUUCUGGAAUCAGGUUAUGCUACAUGCUUGUGGAAAUGAUUAUGAUCCUUCAAUAGUUUCUGCUCCUGAUCAGGAUGGACCGGGAGCCACAGCGCGUGCCUUUGGUAUCAUUCAUGGUGCUAUGCAUGAUUCUUUGAUUGUAUUUAAUCCAGUUUAUAAAUCUAUAUUCAAACAUAGAAAUAUGCCUGUGAUGCAAAAUACUUCUGAAAGAUCUGCCAUCGAUGCAGCUAUUACUGAAGCUGCAUUUUUGACAUUGUCUCAUUUGUAUCCAAAGCAGCAAAAAAUAAUGACUGCAGUUCGUAAUAAAUAUUUGAUGCGUAUUCCAAGUGACAUCAUCAAGCAAAGUGCCAUUAAUAAAGGUAUUUAUAUAGGCCGAUUAAUUGCUGAUUCUAUUUUAAAAGAUCGAGUCAAUGAUGGCAGUCAGAUAAAUCAGUCAUACGUACCUUCACUUCAAGCAGGCUACCACCAGGCUGAUCCUACACAUCCAAAGCAAGGAUUUGUGGGAGCUCAUUGGGGAAAUGUGAAACCAUUCUUAUUGAAUUUUACUUCACAGUAUCGUCCACGGAAUAUUAUCGGUGAUACAUUUAAAUCGCGCUUUGCUUAUUUAAAUUCACAAAUUUAUUUGAAUGAAUUCGAUGAAAUUAGAUCAAUGGGAUCUAAGACAAGUAAAGUACGCACGGAAGAUCAGACACAUAUUGGCAUUGCUUGGGGUUAUGAUGGUGUACCAAAACUAGGUACUCCACCACGUCUCUACAAUCAAAUAGUUCGAGUCAUAGCGACGCAACAGAACAAUACUUUGGAGCAAAACGCACGUUUAUUUGCAUUAGUGAACAUAGCACUAGGCGAUGCUGGCUUUGCUGCAUGGGAAGCAAAAUAUUUUUAUCGAUUUUGGCGUCCCAUUGUCGCUAUUCGUCAAUCUACUGAUAAAACCCGUGUUGAUUCCAACUGGUUGCCUUUAGGAGCACAGGGUGACGGUGCUGACACAAACUUUACGCCACCAUUUCCAGCCUAUGUUUCAGGCCAUUCGACGUUUGGAUCAGCUUGUUUCGAAACACUUCGUCUCUUCUACAAAACGGAUACGAUUUCAUUUCAGUUUCAAUCUGAUGAAUACAACGGACAAACAAUCGAUUCAAAUACAGGAAAACCACGACCUGCACGAAUACGAAAGUAUUCGUCAUUUACACAAGCCGAAAUGGAAAAUUAUAUGAGUCGAUUGUAUUUAGGGGUUCAUUGGCGAUCCGAUGCAGAAAAUGGAAAAAUCCUUGGCCGUCAGAUAGCCCAACAUGUGUAUAGAACUGCGACGUAA